CUUCAAACUUUUUCCAGGAAAACAGAUUCGGGGGGGAGAAAAGGUUAGAAUUUUGGUUUGCAUUUGGAAUCUGUUGCAAUUCUCAAUCAGAAAAUGCCUCAAGGAACGCUUGAAGUCCUGCUUGUCAGUGCCAAGGGUCUCGAGAACACUGAUUUUCUCUGUGACAUGGAUCCUUAUGUCGUUCUCACUUGCCGCACUCAGGAGCAGAAAAGCAGUGUUGCAUCAGGAAAAGGGUCUGACCCAGAAUGGAAUGAACAUUUUGUAUUCACCAUAUCUGAAGGCAUCUCAGAACUCACGAUUAAAAUAAUGGACAGUGAUAGUGGUAGUGGUGAUGAUUUUGUGGGAGAAGCAAGCAUUCCACUAGAGGCACUCUUCACGGAAGGAAGCCUGGAGCCAGCACCGUACAAUGUUGUUAAAGACCAGGAAUAUUGUGGAGAGAUUAGAGUUGGCCUCACUUUCACUCAGAAGGGAGAAUGUGAUGGGGAGUCCUGUGCGCCGGAGGGAAGCUAUGGCGGAUGGAAAGAGUCUUCUUAUUGAGUAUGAGGCAGUGCUUCUGAACUUGUGGUAUUAUGUGGUCUGAGGAUGGAAAUAAUUAGACCAUUUGGUUCAAUAUAUUUCUGAUGUUGAGACAGGUGGUUGAGGAAUUUCAGUUUGAUGUUAGUGUGUUGACUCAUGAAAUGUUCAUCUAGUUUCAUCUGUUACAAUCAAGUGUUCUCCCAUACUAGAAAUUUUGAAUUAAAUGGUAGUGUUAACAACAA